AUGGGGAAACAAAAGAAUCAAUUUCGAUGUCUAGUUGAAUCCGAGGAAGAUAGACGCUACACAAAGCCCAAUCUUAAGUUAGUAAAUAAGGCGAACUUGGAUAAGUUACUGAAAGCCGAGAUAUACGUGAACGAAGCUGAUGCCAGCGUCUCGGCAGGAACUUCUUCAUCCCUACCUACCCUCAGGGAAAAGGAAAUAAAAGGGAGAAAAGAAGAGGAGAAAGAGGAGAAAGACGAGGAAGAGGUUGUAGAGAUCAUCCAAAAUACUUUCAAGCUAGAUGAAAUGCUCAACGCCUGUUCCGAUCAGCUAGACGAUGAAAGGAGAAGACGAACAACGGCUGUACAGACCUUGUCCAAAUUUGAACAGGACUUGGCCGACGUAAGGAAAAAGUUACAGGUCGAAGAGCAAGCUCGCAAGAGCGCCGAGUCGGCAUUAGAAGGCUACCAAAAGCAGGCUGAGGACCAAGGGAACCGUCUGCGUGAGGCGAAUGCCGAACUAAAGAAGGCUCAAGAACAAGUCCUAGUUCUUAGGAAGCAUUUGGAGGAAACUCAAAAGCUAAGGGAGCGAGCUAAAAAGUCCAGGGAGCGAGCCAAGAAAGCAAAAAUCAAUGCCAAACGGGCAAUGAACGAAGCUGAGCAGAGAGGCUACGAGGUUGGUAUAGCUGAAACUGAGAAGGCUUUGAGAGCCGAGGUUCUGACGGUGUGCCGUAUCUACUACGCAAAAACUUGGAAUGAGGCCCUUAACCGUGCUUGGGUUGAAGCUUCAUUUGAGUUACUUAAGCCAGAGAACGUAUUCUAUCCCGAGGCGAUCUGGCCCUCAGUUCUUCUACCCCAUCAGGCUAAUGCUCCUUCUUCAGUCAUUAACCUCAACGAGGAGGUUUCGCCUCACAGUUUUCCUCCCCUUGGCCAGCCGGAAUCAACUAAAGAGGGACUUACCCCUCCAGGAGCUUCCCCCGACAAGACCACUACCGUUUCGAAGGCAGAGACGGCCUCCCAAGGUUUUCAAUAG